AUGUCGGAAAGUAAGGCUGGGGUAUGGAAAGUUGCAGAGGUGAUCCUGAGGAGGCCGUCCACUAGCGUAGCCUUCUUCUGGUGUGAACGUAGCAGCCCCGUGCUCGUGGCUCAUCUGACUGCAUGGGGAUGGCUGGUGAAUACAAAGCGUAAGAACUUGGAUUAUCUAUCAAAUACUUGGAUGUUAGCUGGUCGGGAUCUACCCCCAGGGGAACACAUCAUAAAUGACCCUAGGACUGGCAGGCCUCUCCGGUAUUCGGCCCUGGCUGUGGGGACUGAGGAUGGAGAGGUGGUGUGGCCCUGCGGCCAGGACAGAAACCACACGCAGGGGCCCUGUGAUAUCAGCGUGCUCUUACUGCUUGUCUUAGAAGACCGUCUGCAAAAACCCAGAAUGAAGUUCACACUUACACGCUGGUGCUUGACCCUCUUCUUCUUUCUGAAUCGACCAAUUCCAGUUCUUCCUGCCACUUCAGAGAUCACCCACCCUCCAACAAUAGAGCCGGAGCCAUUUCUCUACCUUUUAGGAAAGCAGAGACUGUUGGAGGCACAGCACAGAUGCUAUGACCGAAUGCAAAAGUUACCCCCAUACCAAGGAGAAGGUCUGUAUUGCAACCGUACCUGGGAUGGAUGGUCCUGCUGGGAUGACACACCGGCUGGAGUGCUCGCCCAACAGCACUGCCCAGAUUAUUUUCCGGACUUUGAUGUAGCAGAAAAAGUUACAAAGUACUGUGAGGAAGACGGGCUUUGGUACACGCACCCUGACAGCAACAUAUCCUGGUCCAACUAUACUAUGUGUAAUGCUUUCACUCCUGAGAAAAUGCAGAAUGCAUACAUUCUAUACUACUUGGCUAUUGUGGGUCAUUCUAUGUCGAUGUUCACCCUGGUGAUUUCCCUGGCGAUUUUCAUGCUUGUUAGGAGCCUUAGGUGCCAAAGGGUGACUCUGCACAAGAACAUGUUUCUGACUUACAUUCUGAAUUCUAUCAUUAUCAUCAUCCACCUGGUUGAAGUUGUGCCCAAUGGAGAGCUCGUGAAAAGGGAUCCGCCGAUCUGCAAGAUUUUGCACUUUUUUCACCAGUACAUGAUGUCGUGCAACUAUUUCUGGAUGCUCUGCGAAGGGGUCUAUCUUCACACACUCAUCGUGGUGUCUGUGUUUGCUGAGGGACAACGCAUGUGGUGGUAUUAUGUCCUGGGCUGGGGGCUCCCGCUGGUGCCAACCACUGCCCAUGCUAUCGCAAGGGCACUGUUAUUCAAUGACAAUUGCUGGCUGAGUGUGGACACCAACCUGCUUUACAUCAUCCAUGGUCCUGUCAUGGGGGCAUUAGUGAUCAACUUCUUCUUUUUGCUCAACAUCGUCCGGGUGCUUGUGAAGAAAAUGAAGGAAUCCCAGGAGGAGGAAUCGCACAUGUACCUGAAGGCGGUGAGGGCCACUCUGAUCCUGGUGCCCCUGCUGGGGGUCCAGUUCGUCGUCCUUCCCUGGAGACCUUCCCACCCAGUGCUUGGAAGGAUCUACGACUACGUGAUGCACUCUCUGAUUCACUUCCAGGGAUUCUUUGUUGCCGUCAUUUACUGCUUCUGCAACCACGAGGUCCAAGCUGCUCUGAAGCGUCAAUGGAACCAAUACCAAGCCCAGCGCUGGAGUGGCCGCCGCCGCGCCAACCGUGCCGCCAACGCUGCUGCUGCCACUGCCGCUGCCGCUGCCGCCCUGGCUGAGGCUCCUCAGAUGCCUGUCUACAUCUGCCAUCAGGAGCCAAGGAACGAGCCCACCAACAACCUAGGCGAGGAGGGGGCUGAGGUCAUCGUUAUGGAGGGUGCUGAGGUCAUCGCCAUGGAAAUCAUCGAGCAAGAGUCAUCCGCUUGA